UUAUCAUUAGUUCAGGAAGGAAACAGUAGCAAUAGUGACGGCAAGUAAAAGAGAUUUUUAUGAUACGAGUAGUAUAAUUGAAGUGUGCGUUCAAAAUAAAGUUGGAAAAUCUUUUUCUAAUAUUACAAAGAAAAGCGCGACAUAAUCAAUCAGCCAAGUAGUCCAAGGAACCAAAAUGCUGUAGAUUAUUAAGAAUCAGAGAAGCCGAUUAUAAUACAACGCUGCCAAAAGAAAGGUUUACAUGUUUUUUAUGUGACACUCGCCAAUUUCAUAAUUCUAAUAAAACCGGUGAACAACAUAGCCAUCCCUACAUACUAAAGAAUCUAAAUCACUAUAACUGUAGUAACGACGAUCUAAAGAACUACGGCAAUAAUCAUAGAUUCCAGCAAUACCAACAUAAUUGCGAUCAUUUUUUGCAACAGCACCAAGAACUACACCAGUUACGUGAAAGAAUAUUACCUAAAUAAACUACGGUAUUUGCACGAUUUUCGGCAACUCUACCAUUAUUACCAUCAGCGCGUCGGGUUAUCGCUACCUGUUCUGCCAGGUCUUCAACUUCAACUACAGUCACAGAAAGUAGGACCUGUUGAGACAGUGCAGCAUACAGUAUUAACGCUGUUGCCGUCUCAGCAACAUCAUCAGCCUUUGACGGCAACAUUGUCACCAUCAUCGUCGGCGCUGAUUAACAGCGGUGCGGAAAGCGCUUGCACCGCUGUCGCUUCAGUUGCAACUCCUCCUUCUGAAUCUGUGCCAGCCCCUGCGACGUCUGCUGCUGUCAUCGCCGCAUCUAGUUCACCACCUUGUAACCAGCCGCAGCAACCAUUCACCCUGUUACAACACUCACAAAUGUCCAAUAAGCUGAAUCCGAAACGCCGCGAAGGUCCAAUCGCUACCGGAACCGGUACACCAUCAGCCGGUAAUACAGCCGCCAACACAUCCUCCUCAUCCAGUUCAUCACUGUCAUCUGCCGGUGGCGGUGAUGGUGGCAUGUCGGCCGACUUAACUUCUUUAUUCGAGUGCCCAGUAUGCUUUGACUACGUCUUGCCACCAAUAUUGCAGUGUUCGAGCGGUCAUCUAGUGUGUGUAUCAUGUCGCUCAAAACUCACCUGCUGCCCAACAUGUCGCGGUCCAUUGGCCAACAUACGUAAUUUGGCAAUGGAAAAAGUCGCUUCUAAUGUAAAAUUUCCUUGUAAACACUCAGGUUAUGGCUGUACAGCUUCACUUGUAUACACCGAAAAAACAGAACACGAGGAGACAUGUGAAUGUCGACCAUACCUGUGCCCAUGUCCGGGAGCAUCAUGUAAAUGGCAAGGACCACUAGACCUGGUCAUGCAGCAUUUAAUGAUGUCACAUAAAAGCAUUACUACGCUACAGGGUGAAGAUAUAGUCUUUCUAGCUACUGAUAUCAAUUUACCAGGUGCCGUCGACUGGGUUAUGAUGCAGUCGUGUUUCGGUCACCACUUUAUGUUGGUGCUUGAAAAGCAAGAAAAAUACGAUGGUCACCAGCAGUUCUUCGCUAUUGUUCAGUUAAUUGGCUCGCGAAAAGAAGCCGAGAAUUUCGUAUAUCGUUUAGAGUUGAAUGGCAAUCGUAGACGCUUGACUUGGGAAGCUAUGCCUCGCUCCAUUCAUGAAGGCGUUGCUUCUGCCAUUCACAACUCGGAUUGCCUGGUGUUUGAUACAUCUAUAGCACAACUUUUUGCAGACAAUGGAAACCUUGGUAUUAAUGUAACAAUUUCAAUUGUCUAAAAAGGACUUUUACAUACGCAUUCACCUAUACGGACACAUUGACAUAGAGAGAGAGAGCGAAGACAAGGACAUGGAACUUUUUUAUAGGAGAUAGACCGUGAAAAUAGGUGAAGGAUAAAUAUAAUAUGAAAAAUCCAAAAGUUGGGUACCAGUAAAAGAUUAUUCAUAAUUACAUAUUGAUAAAUGUGAUUCAAACAUGUAUAGAAAUAACAUUUCAAAAUAAAUAUUGUUAACAAAUUAGCAG